AGACCGGUGGGCAAAGAGUCACGAUGCGUGUUUGUAUUGCUUUAUUGGGCUGCAUAGCUGCCGUUACAGCGGUUCCAGCAUUCCCGCAGAAGAUUGUGGGCGGCUCAUUAACUACUGUCGACCAGUACCCCACCAUCGUGUCUCUACUGUUCUCAUGGAGUGCCACCAGCUUCUUCCAAAAUUGCGGCGGUACCAUCCUCACCAACCGAGCUAUUCUGACUGCUGCUCAUUGUCCAUUCCGUGAUUCCCCCUUGAGCUGGCGUGUUCGUGCUGGAUCUUCCUAUGCCAACAGUGGUGGAACUGUCUACGCUUUAGAUUCCAUCAUUAUCAACCCCAACUACAACACAUGGUCUAUGGACUUUGAUGUGGCUAUUAUGCGCACUAGCCAGGUCAUCUCCUUCAACAGCGUAGUCAAAGCUGCUUCCAUCGCUGGUCCUAACUACAAUCUCGCUGAUAACCAGGCUGUUUGGGCUGCUGGCUGGGGUACUACUUCUUCAGGCGGCCCUGCAUCCGAACAGCUUCGUCAUGUCCAGGUCUGGACUGUGAACCAAAUCGCCUGCCGUGACCGAUAUGCUGCUGGUGGUGGUACCAUUACCGACAACAUGUUAUGUUCUGGCGUCCUCGACGUUGGUGGUCGCGACCAGUGCCAGGGUGACUCUGGUGGUCCUCUCUACCACAACGGCAUCGUUGUUGGUGUAUGUUCCUGGGGCUUCGGUUGUGCACAACCCCAGUACCCUGGUGUAAACGCUCGUGUCUCCCGCUUCAGUUCUUGGAUCCAGGCUAAUGCUUAAAUUAUUAUUAAAUCGAUUUUUAUA